ACCGCCAGUACGCCGCCGUGUGGCGUGUGCGCGCGCGUUUUUUUAUUUCUCUUCGUCGUACGCUCGUCCAGCACGUCCAAAUGCGAUGCUUGUCGUCCGGUCUCUUCGGUCUCGGAACUGAACGCGAUCGGUGUUUGUGCUCGAUCGUGACGUAAAAACAUUAUCACACGUCUUACACUAUUGGUAUACCGUUGCAAUUAGUGUUCACACCGUGCCCGUCAAACGUUAUAAUUAUUAUAAGACGAUUCGUUUCGAAUUCGACCACCGAAUAUUCAUUCAAAACAAUAUCAUCAUCGCAUCUUAUUGAUAAUAUUAUACGUUGUUAGUAUUCUAGUGUGCCGCAUGGACGACCUGCCGAUCCGCUGAUCGACAACCACGCCGCCGCCACCACCGCCGUCGACCACCUGUGGCGCGCACGUGAUCUUCUGCAGGUCUCGUUCAGGUCCAGCUCGGAAACGCCGAACAGUGCUGCUGUUCAUCGCUUGUCAUCCGUCGUCUCCGUACAAUAUUAUUAUUGCAUUAUUGCAAUAAUAAUAGUUUACAAUAUUAUACGCACGUUAUAACGGACAACCGUCGUCGUCACGAUGAGAGCUACCGUUUCACUAUGGUUCCUGGUUUUCGCCGGAUUCGCGUGCAACUACAUGAUACGUAUCAAUCUAAACAUCGCCAUAGUGGACAUGACCACGGCGAAGAGCCGAGGUCAGAGUAUACUGAUGUGUGGCAAUUCAACAGUCAGUUCAAAUUUAACCGCUAGAAAAGAUUUCGUCGUCAAAAAAACAGAUUUCGAGUGGAACGACAGUGAACGGGCCAGCGUACUCGGAUCAUUUUAUUGGUUGCAUUGGGCAUUACAAUUACCAGGCGGGCUGCUCGCGCGACAAUUUGGCGCUAAACGCAUUUUUGGUCUGAGUAAUUUGUUCAUGUUCGUCAUGUCACUAUUAAUGCCGGUCCUCGCCCGGUGGGACAUAAAAGGACUUAUCAUAGCCCGAGUGUUACAAGGGUUCAUCGGGGGUAUGGCAUGGCCGUCGGUACAUCAUCUAACCGCGCAUUGGGUACCGCCGAACAAGAGGAGCAAAUUCAUUACUGCCUAUUUUGGCAGUUCGAUCGGCGUGGCUAUUACGUUUCCGUUCUGCGGAUUCAUACUGGAGAGAUUGGGCUGGUCGUACGUUUUCUAUACCACAGGUGUGAUCGGAAUAUUGUGGUUUUUGGCAUGGUGGUUGUUCGUGUACGAUACGCCCGCGCAACAUCCUUACAUAUCCGAAGUCGAACUUGUGCAAAUUACUAGUAGCCUUACAAACGUAGUGUCCACUACAAAGUUACCAAUACCGUGGAAAGCUGUGCUGACGUGCGUACCGUUCUGGAUCGCACUGUCUAUCCAAUGGAGUACCGGGUGGGCUCUGCACACACUCAUGACGCAGACUCCUACCUAUCUGGUACUAAUGUUCGGGUGGAAUCCGGAAAAGAUCGGCCUUUGGUCCGGCUUACCGCAUCUCACCCGUUUCGCGUUCUCGCUGUGCCUGUCGUUCGCCAUCGACUCGCUCAUGGCCACCGGCCAGUACAGCCGAACUUGCGUGCGUAAGAUAUCGACCACCAUUUGUACCGUGGUGCAAGCCCUCCUCAUCGUGGCCAUAGUGUAUUCGGGUUGCGACACGAUUUUGGUCAACGGAUUCCUGCUGCUGGCCAUGACAGUCAGCGGUGCUUCUACGUCCGGACCACUGUCCAUAAUGGUCGACUUGUCACCGAAUUUCGCCAGCGUGCUCCAAGGAUUCAGCGGUAUUACCGGAGUCAUCCCGGGAAUGAUAUCGCCGUUUGUGCUCUCUUAUUUUACGAACGACAACAAUACGCUCGAAGCGUGGCAACACUUUUUCGCCCUGAGCGGCGUGCUAAUAGCUAUCCCGGGACUCCUGUACAUUUUCAUCGGCUCUAGCGAACUUCAACCGUGGAAUAGUCCCAUUCCGGCCGUCGAUCCAGAAUCACCGUUCACCAACGGCAACGCUACUGUCAAAAAAUGAUUAUUUUAACAGCGCGUAGGUAGAGUAGAUACCUAUGUGAUUAACCGAAUCAACCGAAUGACCUGCAAUUUCGUAUUUUUUUUACAAUAUUAUUAUUUAUAUUUACCUGAUACCUAACUAAUCAACAUUCGUAUAGAAUACUGAAUAUUAUAUGGAUUUGAAAUCCGGGGGGGGUGAAUAUACAUAGUUAUACAAAAUAAAUAUAGAUGUAUAAUAUAAAAACAAUAUUGCAGGUUUUUGUGCAUGUAUUUAAUACGAUUGUAGAUAUUAAAAAAUAUCUACAUUUUGAUAAAUUAUCUAUGCAUAUUAUUAGAUCGCGACCUAAUCCAUUAGAUGCGAUUAUCUACAACCGCAUUUAUAUUGAUUAUUAUUAUAAACCGAAGAAAAUAACUUAUAGGCAAGUACAAUAUUUCCACUAAUCCGUCAAAGAACAUUAUUUAGAACCUUCAGUACUAAUACAUGAUUUUAUUAUAGUAAGUAUUACCAUUGACAUGCGCUGACAUGAAUUUCGGAAGGGGGCGGGGGUACUUACAAUAUUUUUGGGCACUUUUUUUAUUAAUUUGGACCUUUUUUUUAACAAGACAUGUACACGUGAUUAAUGU